CAAUGAAUCUGUAGAUGAAUUUUGGUUAAGGCUUUCAAUUGAAAUCACAUCGCAAGGAAUGGUUUUGUCGCUCGAUUGGGCAUCAUCUUUAAUACCAUCAGCUAUCAAUUGUAUGAUGUUUUCUGCACCUUUCUUCCUAUGGCUAUUUUGGCCAGAAGUCCUGGCUAAAAUUUUAGUUACGGGAUUCGAUACCUCCGGUAUCUUUUCAGAAGUAGAGCACUCAGUGUCAGAUUCUUAA